UUUUAAUACUCUCUUGUUAAAGUAAAAUCUGUCUGGCACAAUAUGGUAUCCAGGUCAUUAUACUCUAUACCAGGCUGCUGGGCAGGACAGGUUUAAAAAAAAAAAAAAAAUCAAACAAAGUGUUUCUGAAAUAAACAAGUAAAUCUUUGUGUUUUACAUUCUUUUUAAGCUAAGUUAUUAAGGUCGUUGAAUAUUAACAGUCAUUGUGUGUCAUGUAUUGUCAGGGUUAAUGAAAAAAAAGCUUUUAAAACUACAUGCAUGCAACAGAUGUGAUAUUAUUAGUCUAACCUAGGUUCUCUCAUACCUUCUCACAACGUCACUGAAUUCACUAUUAACUAUUCAUCUGAACCGUUUAUGAUGUUUUAUAUGCUAUAAACAUAGGGGUAGACAGCACCUUCUCUGUUUUAUCAUUUUAUAUUUUUGGUUCAGGAGAAAUGAUGCAAAAUACAUAAUUCGGUUAUGGCGGACAGUAAAAUGGCUGCCACGUUUUUGCAAAUCUCUAUCUCUGAAAAUGUUCAGGGCCCCAAACUGUAAAGGUGUACCACGUUUCAUGCUUUUAUAUCAAUGUGAACAAAUCACCUCAAAUUUGGCGCUAUCAUCUGGACUAUAUAUUAUUGAAAUACUUUUGCUAUUUAAUUCAAAUGAUUAAAAGUAAAUGUGCCAAUAAUUAUUAUAAACUAAAAAACAAACUGUUUAUUACAAUAUUACCAUAUUACAAUAACUUGCUUUAUUUCAGAUUAAGAAUCAGACUUAAGUUAUGCUCACAAAUACAGGGACUUUGACUCCAUGUGCGGCUUUUCAUUUUUGUGUCAGAGCUUUUCAUUUAUCGAUUGCUGUCGGGAAGUAAAAAGAAUUCCAAUAAUAUAGCAAAAAAUGCUUCUCAAAUAAUUCAGUGCACUCCUAUUUAACCUCACUCGUUUGGGGUAAAGCUGUACAAAAGACCGUCUCUCACUGAAAUGAAGUCCCAGCAGACAAGCAGGGACAACGUAUAUCACUGCCCUCUCAGGCGAUAAUGAGACGAAUCGCUGGGAUUUUAAAAGAACAUGAUUCGUCCAUCCAUCAUUAAAGGGUCGAAACCGACUGAUAACAUUAUGAAUCGCUCACAUUCCUGUUUGUGUCGUGUUACAAGUCAAAUCCAAACCCUUUGAAGUCUCUGCGAGCCUCUUAUCUGUUUGUCCUCAGAUCCGUCUCUGUGGGAAUCUUUAUCUCUGUGGAUUACUGGUGGACCACCAAUGUGGCUCUUCGCAGCCUGGAUGAGCCCAUCCUACUUGGCCAAGGUGUCAGCCUGCCACCAGAGGGCAGCAGAGCGCAUGGUGGAAGGAGCCGUGAGGAAUGGAGGAUUAUACAUCAAACUUGGCCAAGGUCUGUGUUCCUUCAACCACCUCCUGCCCCCCGAGUACAUCCGCACCCUGCAAAUACUGGAAGACAAGGCCUUGAACAGGAGGUACAAAGAGGUGGAUGCUCUCUUCCAAGAAGACUUUAAUAAAACACCAGAGCAACUUUUUAAAACGUUUGACUAUGAACCCAUAGCUGCUGCCAGCCUGGCCCAGGUUCACAAAGCAGAACUGUUAGAUGGGACUCCAGUCGCUGUGAAGGUGCAGUACAUUGACCUCAGGGAUCGGUUUGAUGGUGAUAUCAGAACACUGGAGAUCCUGCUGGAUAUUAUUAAGUUCAUGCACCCCAGCUUUGGAUUCAGAUGGGUUCUUAAGGACUUGAAGGGUACUUUGGCACAAGAGCUGGACUUUGAGAACGAAGCCAGGAAUUCUGAGAGGUGCGCUGAGGAGCUGAAACACUUCCCUUUUGUUGUUGUACCCAAAGUCUUCUGGGAGCAAACUAGUAAGAGAGUGUUGACAGCAGAGUUUUGCAAUGGCUGCAAAAUCAACAAUGUGGAAGAAAUUAAAAGACAAGGAUUAAGUUUGAAAGAUACUGCAGAUAAACUGAUCCGAACAUUUGCUGAGCAAAUAUUCUACACCGGUUUCAUCCAUGCUGACCCUCAUCCCGGAAAUGUUCUAGUGAGACGAGGUCCCGAUAACAAGGCAGAGUUGGUACUGUUGGACCACGGCUUGUACGAAUACCUCAGUCAACGUGACAGAGUGGCCCUUUGUAAACUGUGGAGGUCCAUAAUCCUGAGAGACCAAGCAGCAAUGGAGAAGUACUCCAAUGCACUUGGUGUCAAAGAGUACUUCCUCUUCUGCGAGAUGCUGCUGCAGCGACCCAUCAACAUGCGAGAGCUGGGUCUGUCCAACAUCCUGAGCCGAGAGGAGACAACCUACAUGCGUGAAAUGGCCAGCCAGCGCUUCGACAGCAUCAUGCAGGUGCUCAAGUCGAUGCCCCGGCCCAUGCUGCUCGUCUUCCGGAACAUCAACACGGUCCGAAGCAUCAACAUCACUCUGGGAGCACCCGUGGACCGCUACUUUGUCAUGGCCAAGAGUGCGGUGCGAGGCUGGGGGAAGAUUCAGGCUGAGAGGACAGGGAUUCUGGCCCGGCUCUGGGUCCUCCGCUGGGUGAGGACAACAUGGGAGAGUCUCAAGUUUGAACUGGCUUUGAGAUGGGAGAUGAAGGUAAUGAGUCUGAUGCGUUCCACCCUGAGCCUGCUGUCGUACUUCGGUGUCAUAUCUCUGGACGCAGACAUGUACGAGUACCUGAGAUAGUACACAGACGUCAACACCGUGAAGGAACGGAGAAUAAGGACCUAUGCCAAGCAUAAGUUCAUGCAACCCAACAGCAGGGAGCCUUUCACUACUGUAGCAGCUCCACAAGCUACUAGUAAUGGUGCUGCUCAAGUGUGCUCAUUGUUUCCACACCAAAUCAUCCUGAACUCUGGUGUCAGAAGUAACUGCGGAAUGCAAAGCACCAGACUUACUCCAGAAUAGACUCCCAGAACCUAACAGGCUAUUUUAAUGCUUUUAAAUUCAUUAUUACAUAGAUUUUUGGCUAUUUACAUAUUUAAAUUUAAGAUUAGUGUAAUUUUAGUACAGCAAAUUGUUUUGAAAUCCAAAUGUAAAGAUAUUUUAAGCUGCAGUUUAUUUAAAAAAACUGGCAACAUUACUCAGUUAUUCUAUCAGCAGCCGCGGCGUCCUGGCCAAGCAACAACAUAUAUCAUUGUCUCCCUCAUUGUCCUGAAACAUUUCAUUGUAAAACUGCUGCUUUAAUGACAGGUGAUUAAAUACAGGUACAUUAAAUACAGUACAUUUUUAUAUUUUUGUUCGGUUUUACUUAGAGAACUAUGCGGUUUGGUGAUUUUGGUCCCACUUUUGGUCCUGAGUUCAACAAUGACUUACACUGCUUAUAGGUCAAAAGAGAAGUCCAGUGUGACCAAACCAAAUGUUUUUCAAUUAUUUUAGCAAUAUGAAUAAAUUAUUCUACCUCCUUUU